AUGUCUCAAUUUCAGCUUACUCUGGCCACCAAGGCCAACCAGGCCACUUUGCUACCUAUCCUACUCGUUGCAACUUCUGUCAACGAAGCCCGACCCACCCCAGUUAUCACCAUCAACUAUGAGGACGUCGCAGUCCUCCCGCGGGGCGACAAGGCAGUUGUCGAGUUCAUUGCUGCCAAUGGCACUCCUGUCUACGGAGCGACUGCUCUCAAGGAACUGCUACUCAGCUUCCCCUACCUGAACAGCAAGGAGGAGAAAUUGGAAAGCGACUGGCUUUCCGAGCUUGAAGCCUUCGCCUCGCUUGACUUCAAAGCCGUCGACCCGAAACUCCAGCAGCUGAACAACCACCUCAUCCUGCGAUCGUUCGUCGUCGGCUACGCCCUUUCCACUGCUGACAUUGCUCUCUGGGGUGCUCUCCGCGGAAACCGUGUCGCAAUUGGUGCCAUUCGCAAGGGAGCUCUGGUCAACCUGACCCGCUGGUUCAAUUUUCUUGAAGAACUAUGCCCUUGGGCCAUCGCUGCGUUGGAGGCUCUGAACGCCUCGGCCAAGGAGAAGAAGGCCGCCAAGGCCAAGGAGGGUGCCAACUAUGACAUUGCGCUCCUCAACACCGAUAAGGGAGUCGUCACUCGAUUUCCUCCUGAGCCUUCUGGAUACCUCCACAUUGGACACGCUAAAGCUGCCCUUCUGAACGACUACUUUGCCCACGAAAAGUACAAGGGAACCCUCCUUGUCCGUUUCGAUGACACCAACCCUUCGAACGAGAAGCAGGAAUUCCAGGAUGCCAUCAUCGAGGAUCUCGCUCUCAUGGGUAUCAAACCCGACAGGACGAGCUUCAGCAGUGACUACUUUGACGAGCUUUACCAGUACGCCGUCCAGAUCAUCAAGGACGGAAACGCCUACGCGGAUGACACCGACAAGGAGACCAUGGCUUCCCAAAGAAUGAACGGAGAGCCCAGCAAGCGCCGCGAUGCCACCGUUGAGGAGAGCCUGGCUCGAUUUGAAGAGAUGAACAAGGGUACUGAGGAGGGAGCGCGCUGGUGUAUCCGUGCCAAGAUGUCUGUUGACAACCCCAACAAGGCUAUGCGUGACCCGGUUAUCUACCGCUGCAACCCUUCUCCUCACCACCGCACCGGAACCAAGUACAAGGCCUACCCUACUUACGACUUCUGCUGCCCCAUCAUCGACUCCAUGGAGGGUGUUACGCACGCGCUCAGAACCAUUGAGUACCGCGACCGCAACCCUCAGUACCAGUGGUUCUUGGAUACACUCAAGCUCCGUCACGUUCAAAUCUGGGACUUUGCCCGAAUGAACUUUAUCCGCACCCUUCUUUCAAAGAGAAAGCUGACAAAACUUGUCAACGAGGGAGUUGUCGAUGGCUGGUCGGACCCCCGUUUCCCCACCAUCCGUGGUAUCAGACGCCGCGGAAUGACCAUUCCUGCCCUGCGUGAGUUCAUCCUCAAGCAAGGUCCUAGCAAGAAUAUCGUCAACCUUGACUGGACCCUGUUCUGGGCCACCAACAAGAAGUACAUUGACCCGAUUGCUCCUCGCCACACUGCCGUCCUCAAGAAGGGCCUUGUGAAGGCGACUCUCAAGGGCGGUCCCGAUGCCCCUUACACUCAGGAGAAGCCUAAGCACAACAAGAACCCGGAUGUCGGUGUCAAGAAGGUAACCUACAGCAGCUCGAUCCUUUUCGACCAGGAGGAUGCGAAGAGCUUUAAGCAGGACGAGGAAAUCACUCUCAUGAACUGGGGCAAUGCCUUCGUCCGUAAGAUUGUAACAGAUGCCUCUGGCGUUGUUACUGAGAUGGAGCUGGAUCUGAACGAGAAAGGUGACUUCAAGAAGACCGAGAAGAAGGUCACUUGGUUGUCUGCUGACCAGGACCUGGUUGCUGUUGAUCUAGUCGACUUUGAUCACCUGCUUAACAAGGACUCCAUGCAGGAGGAGGACCGCCUUGAGGACGUUCUGAACCCUAAGACCGAGUUCCACGAGGAUGCCGUCGCCGACAGCAAUGUCGCCUUCCUGACCGAAGGUGAUAUUAUCCAAUUCGAGCGCAAGGGAUACUACCGUCUCGAUAAGGUUGCCUCGCCUGGCAAGCCUGCUGUCUUCUUCAACAUUCCCUCCGGUAAGACUGGCAAAUAA